AUGCUGGCGAUUUCCAGAUGUAAACGGAACGAAGACUACGUGCACUGCAUCCAAGACUGUUCGAAGCAAACUUGCGAAGAGCUGAUCACGGGCAAAGUGAAACAGUGCCCCAUAAAACCAGGAGGCAUAUGCCCCGGCGGUUCCGGGUGCCGAUGCGUGCAGGCACCAUUCCCGUGUCCUCCCAAUGAAGAGUACAAAGCUUGCCCUCUGCCGUGCCCUGGAGAUAAGUGUUCGGACUCCAUCACAGGAGUACACUGCCCGCAGAACAGGCCUGGGCCUGGGAACAUACCCGUAUGCGUGCCACAGUGCAGAUGCUGCAAAGGAUAUUCUAGAAACGAGAAGGGAACAUGCAUACCGAGUAAACACUGCCCUAAUCCUAAUGGUUCUGUAACAACUACGGCACCUCCUACGAAUACUUCUGGAACCAGCUCUGGUGACAGAGGCUCUGGACUGUCAGGCGUGCUCGAUGGCAUCACAGCGUUUACUGGAAAAUGUCUUUAUGAUCGCAUGCAAUCCUCACCUAACGAGAACAUUAUAAUGUCGGCCAUGUCGGUGUUCACUCCGAUGGCCGAACUUUGUAUGUACACGAACGGCCCCGCCUUUGAUCAGUGCAUCAAAAUACUUAACUUGCAGGACAAACAAGAUAUCCGAGAUACCUUUACCAAUUUCUCCUCUUUACACGAAGGUGUGACCAGUGUAAACUUUACCACUGCUGCUAAAGUGUAUGCCAAUGACAAGUACCCGCUGAGCGAUGGUUUCUUAAAAGAUGUUAUUGCCGUCUUCCGUGCCACAGCACAAAAUCUUGAUUUUAGCAAAAACGUUGCAGCAGCAGCUAUAAUGAAUGCCUGGGUUGAGAGUCAAACUAACAGUCGUAUUAAGGAUUUAGUUAUACCAGAUUUGAUUAAUGGAUUAACAAGACUUGUACUGAUCAAUGCUAUCUACUUCAAGGGUAAUUGGCAUUACAAAUUUAAUGAGAAUAAUACGAAAGAAGAAGAUUUCUAUUUAAGUGAUGGUUCAACUGCGAAAGUGAAGAUGAUGUUUCAAGAGAUUAAGGAUCUUCUGUAUGGAGAAGUUCCUGCUUUAGACUGCAAGGCGGUUCGAAUCCUUUACACCGGCAAAGAGAGCUCCGCGAUCAUUAUUUUGCCAAACAGCGUUAAUGGCACAAUGAAGUUGGCGAAAGACCUGCAAAAUACGGCGAAUUGGAAGAAAGUCAUAGACAGCCUAUCUCCUCAAAAAGUGAAACUGUAUUUACCAAAGUUUGUUAUCAGUACAACUACAGACUUAAAGGAUUUGUUACAGAAGGCUGGUAUUACUAAUUGGUUUGAUUGCGGCAACUCCGGUCUAUCGGGAAUUCUGGCCAAACCAGAAGAUAUCUGCAUUUCUGCAGCCAAACAAAAAGCGUGGUGCGAAUUCAGUGAAAUAGGAACAGAGGCCGCAGCUGCUAACGUGAUUGUCAUUGGUACUACUUCAGUCGGACCACCUCCGUCGCCGAUAAAGAUAUUUAGAGCGGAUCACGAUUUUCUCUACUAUGUUUUAGUAAAGGAUAUAGUUACGUUUGAAGGUCGUCUUCUCAAACCAUCAACUGAAUAG